CCCUCCCCUCCACCGGCCCGAGCAGCGGCGCAGGGGAGGCAACGGGGUGUGUCACUGCUCAGGCGACCCUCCAAUCUCUAGUCAUAAAUCCAGAAAGUCGGGACUUUUAUGGGGCGGGAGGAGGUCACUGGAGCGAUGCCACUUUGGGAGGCAGGGAGCGUGCUGGAGUUCGGCCGCGGUUUGUGCAAAAUCUAAGAAACGACUCAGAGCUUAAGACACCGUCAUUGGUCUCUCCGUCUCCUUCCCCCGUCUCCUUCCCAUUCUGGUGACCAGAAGGUCGCGGAGAGGGUCGGGCCGACGGGGGGCUGAGAAGACAGUGGGGAAGGCGCCCCAAGUACAGAAGACGGAGGUGGGAUCCGAUCUCACAUCUGCUCGAAACUCGCGUCCUUUAAUUUCGCACACCACACCAUUGAGCAGAAAGUGGUUUUAGGGAGCACACCCCACAGCCAGAGGACCAGGCCCCGGGGAAGCCGUACACCCAGUUUAUUUUUGGAAGACGCCUUGACAGCGUCAGAGUUUAGAAUGAGUAACCUAAGUUAUUUCUUCCUCCCGUGGCAUCUUCCUCUGGAAGCCCUACAGACAUGUCUUUCCUUUCUGGCAUAUUCCCCGCACCCCUUGCCCCCAACAAACUCUUUGGUCAGGAGAAAGCCAGUUUCCUUCUGACCUCCCCUUCCCCAGACCUGGGGGUGGGGCAGGGAUGCCCUGAACACCGUAAUUAACCAACCGACUUUGACCCUUGAUCUGCAUGCAGGCUCCAGGGCACCGCCCCGGGUCUUGUAGUAAAGUGGUGAAGUGAGCUCGGUGAGGGGCCCUGUGAGGGCUUGUGCCUCAGUUUCUCUCCUAAAUUAAUUGUUGGAGGCACUGGGUAUAGUGGUGAGAUCUUUUUGGCCACCAGGAUCCAAUGGUCUAGGGCCCUGGCUGGAUGUUCACAGCUUACCUUUCUCUCAAGUGCAGGCCCUCUUCAACAGCUUCCUUAAAAAACAGGGAAUGUGCCGCAAGUCCCUGCUGACCCAAAUGGGGAAACUGAGACAAAAAGAAGUGAGUUGCCUCCUCAUCUGAGGUGGAUCAGGUUGUGGGCCCAAGAUUCUGUUAAAUUCUUGCUUCGCCAAGUUCCCAGGUGAGUGGACUGGCCUUCUACCCACAAAGGGCCUGCUUAGGGGCCGAGCCCCCGACUCACUCCUGCCUCCUCCCUCACCUGUUUGUCUUGCUGCUUAGCUGCUCCUUGGGAUCUGAUAAACUGAACUUGGACUGUGUUAAAGGUGAGGCGAGCCUUGCAGAGACUCAGUGUGCUGUUAUUUUUAGCUUUAUUUCACAUCUCAAUCGCUAACAGAUCAUGCAUUGACUUUAACAAAGGACAAAGAAAUUCCGAUUGUUCAAAUCGUUGACUUCCUUGCGUCCUGGUGAUUUUCCCUGUCACAGUUGUGGUGGCCCCAGCGGGAGUGGCGUGGGAGACCUGAACCCCAGGGGCGCCCACAGGUGAAGAGGAGGGCUUCUGGGGGGUCUGCACCACCUGCUGCUGCUGUCCAGUCAGCCUGGGCAUCUACCCGCCACAGCCUUAUCAGGAGCCAGAGCCAUCGGUGGCUGAACCCCCCUCCUGCCCCCUGGCUUUGGACAUGAGCCUUCGGGACCCCAGCUGCAGUGUGGCCCCUGGGCCCUGCGUGGUGGCCCAGCUGCCCUCAGAAGACAUGGGCCGCUUGACAGACCCCCAGAGCAGCGACCAUGGCUUCCUGCGCACUAAGAUGAAGGUGACCCUGGGGGACAGUCCCAGUGGAGACCUCUUCACCUGCCACAUCUGCCAGAAGGCCUUCACCUACCAGCGCAUGCUUAAUCGCCACAUGAAGUGUCACAACGACGUCAAGAGACACCUCUGCACCUACUGUGGGAAGGGCUUCAACGACACCUUUGACCUGAAGAGGCACGUCCGCACCCAUACUGGUGUGCGGCCCUACAAAUGCAGCCUGUGUGACAAGGCCUUCACACAGCGCUGCUCUCUGGAGUCUCACCUCAAAAAGAUCCAUGGCGUGCAGCAGAAGUAUGCCUACAAGGAGCGGCGGGCCAAGCUGUACGUGUGUGAGGAGUGUGGCUGCACGUCCGAGAGCCAGGAGGGCCACGUCCUGCACCUAAAGGAACACCACCCUGACAGCCCACUGCUGCGGAAAACCUCCAAGAAGGUGGCUGUGGCCCUGCAGAACACUGUCACCUCCCUGCUGCAGAGCAACCACCACCUCUGAGUGGCAAAGGCCCGGCCCGGUCGCCUGCCUGCUGCCUGGCUGGCCCACCCUCCUGCGGCCUCUGGCUGGACCACUGGGGGUCAGGACCGGAGCCCCCAGGCACACGUGCUCACUCUGGCCCUGUACCGACCUCUGUUCAUGUUUGUGUUUUGUCGUGUGGCCAGAUGCGUAUGAGCAUGGGGCAGGGGUGAGGCCAGGGCCUCCUUCCGUUUGAAGCAGCAUGCCUACACAGAUAGGACCUACUUCCCGGAGGAGGUCGUGAGGGUGAUCCUGUCGCCCCCAGGGUGAUCCCUCCAGAGCACAGAGUGUGGGCUGCUGGUCACCCGUGGAUGGCAGAGUCGAGAACGUUGGCAAAGAGCACCCCUGCAAACAAGGGCAGUUGGGGGGCUGGUGAUGGCCCACCCGGCAGCGCUUCUAAUACUCAGGGCUGCAGGGGGCUCUGCCUUCUGACAGGGACACAUGCAUGUGCGCCCAGCUGUAGAUGUGUGAGCACACAGGAGGCCUUUCCACAUAUCACCUCAUUCUUCAGAAAUCAGUAACAAGGUGCCAAGGAAGUUCCACUUCCUUUUUCAAAGAUGACAAAUGUACAGAUAUUAAUAUAUAUUUGGUGCCGAUGGUGACUGUUUUUAAGAGAGGAUGGAGCUGGCUUUUCUCCCUCCCCAUGCGCCUGUUUAUCCCGGACGCUUCGCACCCCCUCUGUGCCUUGGCUUGGGUGGCUGCCCGGACCCCCUCCGCCCUCGCACCUGAGAUGUUCACCCUUAGGCCUUGUUGCUCCGCCCGUGUCUGGAAGGGGCACUGAGCUUUCUGUUCCUCCCCUUCUGCCAGGACAACACGGCAUGUCUGCCUACCCUGCCCUGCAGCUCGGCCUCCCUCCCACAGCCUUGCGAGGCCAGCCUCAGAGUCCCCAAGAGCCCCCUUGUGUCUUGGUAACAGAGUUUUUGUGGAACAAGUCACCGUUCCAGAGCUGGCAGCCCCGUCCGGCUGCAGCUUUAGGGGCAAGCCAGGUGGGACGAUGAGUCUGUGAUAUGCUCGGGGUUCACGGGCCUGGGGCAGUAGGAAGAUAAGACAUGUACAGGGCCAGGCUGCGAGGCCUGCUCCUUUCCUGGUUGAGGGGAAUACCCUAGGACAGCAGCAAAAAAUUGGGACGGAGUAAUAACCAGACACAUCAGAAACUUCUAGAGGGAGGACAGUAAAAGACGGUUAACAAGUUAUAUUUAUAACCUUUUUUCUGUUUUUCAAAUGGCAAGGCUGGGUUUUGAACACCUGUAAGAGCCACCCCUGGGCUGUUGGCUCCAUCGGAGGGAAUCGGCCAGACUCCCUGGGCCUGGUGGUGUUCCUGCUAAUAACAGGAAAGGGGUCAGAAGGGAGAGAUGGGCAGGGGCUGAGCCAGCCUGCCAACUCAAAAGAGGCCCAUGGGACACAGCAGGCUGGGCUGCCCCCUGAAGCCAAACCCCCAAGCAGUGGGGGCACAUCCCUGGGCUGAGGGAAGGAGCCUUCUCUGACUUCCCUCUGAACAUGUACAGAUUGUUCUAGAAGACUCCUGUUUUAUUUUACUUUAGAGUGUCCAGGAGCUGCUGUAUUCUCGAAGUCACAUAGUAUAUAAUGACCUUGUCUGGAGGCUCUGUUUUGUUUACAUUCUGUGUCCCCGUGUUAUCACAGUCUGAGGGAGUCUUAGAGCUCUGUGUUAUCUAUUUUAUUUUAUAACUUUCCCCACAACUAUUAAAAUCAAAGAAGGAUCAUUUUCUGCA